GGUUCCUGCCAGUCAGAGAGGUGGCGCUGCCAGCAAAUUGGAUGAUUUUGAUUUUGUUUUGAGAUUUGAUGAGUAGGGAAAAAAUAGGUACAUGGCGGAGCACCAUUAGGACUGGAGGCAUAUCGAAUCAAAUGUUGUAGGAACAUUUUAGUUUUUGAGGUUGACGGAAGUGUUGGACAAUUAAAUUGGAGUGUUUCACUUUUCCCAACGGGACUACCUCUGUAUGCGUAACCCGAACCUCGGCAAAGGCUGCUGUUGGCGGAAAGUUCCGUGAAGUUUGAUAGCAAACUGGGUGCUAGUCAGAGCCUAUACCAGCGACUGACUGUGCAUUCGCUCUGGAGUGGGGAGUAUAACGGGAGAACAGGACAACGGAUUUCCAAUGGGCUGCAGGGGUGGUCAUCCUGCCAUACCUGAGGAGAUAACCCUGAAUGAAAAGAUUAAUCUGAUAGAUGCCGAACUCUACCUUAACUCACCAUAUCCUUCAGUCCUGGGAAAAGCCAGGGAUAUAGAUAUCAUCAUAUCCUUCGAUUUCAGUGAUGUCGACCCUUUUGAGACUCUGAAGGUGGCCAGUGAGUAUGCAGCCGCCACAGGCCAUCCCUUCCCCAAAGUGGACUUCGGAAAUUUGGACCCUAAACGGCCAAGGUCCUACUAUGUCUUUGAGGAAAAGGGCAAACCAACUGUAAUUCACAUUCCCCUCUUCAACAUGGAUAACUGCAAAAAUCAAGAAACCAUUAAAAAAGAAAUGAAGGAAUACACAACCUUCCAACAGCCCUACAAAGACAAAGCAAACAUCGAUCACUUGGCACAUCUGGCAGAAGACAAUGUGAGCAUGAACAAAGAUGACAUCCUGAAAGCGAUAAAAAAAGCUGUGCAGCGACGCAGUGGCCUCUGAAAAUGGCCCACAAGGGCCUCUGUGGGUUGACCACUUAUGCUUUUAAAUGUAAUCAUGCCAUGAUGUUACAUGAUAUGUGCUAUCCAGCUCAGUCUCAGAGGGUGCUGGCUGAGAUGUGAUUUUUGCCUUGAAAAUCUUAUGUAGGUGUUUUUUUUCGAUGUUCAAAUGUUUCAAAUGAUCUUCUAGCAUGAAAAUACUAGACAAUGAAAUAGGUCUUAGUAGGAACAAACCAUUUUAUCACAUUAUUUCUAUUUUUAUUUGAUUUUACAUGAUGGCACAUAUCAUGCUGAUAUGAAGGAACAAUGCACAGAAUCAGGACCAGGUUAAUGCAGUCUAAGAGGGUGCUGGCGGAGAUGUGAUUUUUGCCUUGGAAAUCUGAUGUGGGUGGUCCUUGUCUCUGUCAGAUCUAGUCAUUUCCUAAUAAUCACACUGCACUUUAAUAAAAGAAUAUCCUGA